GUAAAUUUCGAUACACGUGCGUUGUGUUUUUUCCGCACAUUGCUCUCAGAACAGUGUAUUAUUACAUUUAAUUUUCAAUUACUUCACGAGUGUAGUACUGAUUUAUUGUUCACUGGAACAAUGGAUAACAAUUGCUCUGAAAGAUCUGAAAGUGGUACAAUAGACAUCGAUGAUAAUACAAGGAAGACAGCUGGAAUUACAGAAUGUCCAGUUGCGUGUGAAAACGUGGAAGACCUAAACCAAUCGGUUUCUGAUAAAACUGAACAAAGAGAAAGUAUUCUUACCAAGAACAUAGAGGAACCCGCUCCAGAAGGAAGCUCUGAAAACACAGAUUGCACAAAAGCACAAAUGGAUGAUACAGUAGUGGAUAUGGUCUGCAGUGAUGUCGAUACCGUUGGAUCACUUGUAGCUAAUGAGCAACCGACAGAAGCAGUACAAAUUAGUAAUCCAUUGACAAUACCAUCCUCGGUUGAGGUGCAGAAUGUCCAUACUACGAUUGCUGAAUCACUCACUCCGUCCACCAUUAUUAAGGAUGAACCAACAGAUGCGGAGAUGGAGUCUGCGGAGGACUUCACCCGGAGAGGCUCAGAUUUUCCAACGGUGCCACGGAUCACCAUAAAACAGGAGGUUUCGGUUUCUGUGCAAGAACAAAUAGCAGCGGAAAGAUCGAUAGAAUCAAGGGCGGUGUUACAGAUCAAAUCUAGUUCAUUAUCUCUCCUUUCUCAAUACAUUAGUUCAGAUUCGGAGUCGAACAUUACAGAUUCCGAUAAUGAUGCUCCACGUAAUGAUGCUGCUGCUUCGGUUACUACUAACAAUAAUAAGCGACGCGUAUCCUCUAGUUCUGCAGAAAGUCUAUCAGACGAUGGUGUUGAGAUAAUUCCAAACACUAAUAACUAUCGCGUUCAAGAAACACCGAUUAUCGUUAGUGAUGCGGAAACAACAGUAACUGGAAUCGAAGAAUCUUCGGAGGAUGAACUAUCUGGCGAUGAAGAUGGUGCACCUCGACGUCGUGCUCCGAUCAAAAGCAAAGGAGAAGUACUCAUCAAUGAAUUACCCCCUAUUGAGGACCUUCAAAUUACCGUGCCGGAAACGGAAUGCAAACCAAUCGGUCAUAUACAAUCUAUCGUAGCUCAGAUAGUAAUUGUUCAGUCCUACGCUGGAGUGGAAUUGCUGAACCUGGAAACGGUGCUUUUCCUGGAGAAAGGCAAGCGAACGUUGGGGAAAAUUUUCGACGUCAUUGGGCAGGUUACGGCUCCCAUGUAUUGCGUUCUGUUCAACAGCCGAAAUGAUGUCAUUCGUAAAGGAAUCACCAUUGGAAUGCCGGUAUAUUGUGCUCCACAGACUGCUCAUACAUCGUUCAUCAUUUUGUCCGAUUUGAUGCGCUACAAAGGAUCAGAUGCCAGCUGGUUGGACGACAACGAAGCACCGGAACACGCCCUGGACUACUCGGAUGAUGAACAGGAAAGACGAGCACGCCGGCGACGGGGCAGCUGUUCAUCGAAUGGACGGGUUUCUCCCGAAACGCAGUAUCAGCCUUAUCACCUGCCAUCAUACCCCUCCAGACGAGGACGCGGUGUUGGUGGUCAUCGGGGCCGUGGACGUGGUCACAGUUGGCACAACAAAUAUGCCGCAUCACAGCAACAGCAACAAACGCAGCCGCAAAGGGUGCUUAAUCCAUUCGCGUUUGGUGUGGGAGCAGCUCCACCGCCGCCACCUCCUCCUCCGCCACAGCCAGGAAGUGGAAACUAAUCAGCCUUUUUUCGUGGUUUCAAUAUGAAAUCUUUAUUUUCAUAUAGCUUACGAUUUUUUUUACUUGUAUUGUAAAAAAGUUAAUUUUAUUGAACUGGAUAAAUGAAAAACGUUAUGAAUUACUACCCGAUAAAA